GCAAUCAAAUUGCCGGUGUGAUUUUGUAUUUUGACUUAAUUCGAAUUCAACGCUAGAAUGUGUCGUUUUACGAUAUUUUGUCUGGCUCUGGUUGCAGCGGUAUUUCCCGCCUCAUGCGAGAGUGGCUUUGCGGGAACGCUGCUGGAUUAUCGAAAUUUUUUCAUCUCAUACGAACAGAAGGGACUCGAAACUUGUCCGUUUACCUAUUUCCGAGAAGCAUGUACCGAUAAUGCUCAUGUGGUUGUUAUCGAGACACCUAGAAACAAUGAGAGCAAUCAACCGUCCAUCUGCCUUGGGACAUUGAUUUCCGAGCAGUUCGUGCUAACAACGACCAGCUGCGUAGCUUCAACUCCUCCAGCCGAUCUGAAACUGCAUGCCAACGAUGCUCACGAGAAUAUGUUUGUCGCAUCCGUUUAUCAUCAUCCAGAUUACAAACUGACUGCUACUGCGACAGAACAUGGGGAUCAUUUGGCAAUAUUAAAACUGAACUCCACAGUCAGAUUCAACAAAAAGCUGGCAGCUGCAUGUUACUGGACUUCCGAUUCGUUGGACAUGUAUGCAAAGGUUCAAGAGAUAAGUUAUGACUCCAUCAUGAAAAAGCCGGUUCAAAAUACUACAAUCUGCUCGGGAGAGCACAAAAACGAAUGCCUCAAAUCAGCACAACAGCUGUGGUGUCAAAGGAAAUCAUCCAUAGGGUUUUUACAAAUCAGGCAGCUAGGCCAGCAUCAGAUGCAUCCGAUGGUAGCUAGCUUUAGCUGCUACAAUGAAAAUGAGAUUAUUCCAAUUGCGAACAACCUGCUAUGGAUAAGGGAAGUGACGAAAAGUUCGAAUCUUGAAUACAAUUAUACAGACUCCGGUCUUGGAGAAAAGUGCCUUAAAAACGAUAACACAACUGGAGUAUGUCUGCCGAUCGAAGCGUGCUCACAGGCUUUCAAGAAUAUUAAAAAUAUUCAGAUGAACCAUGCCGUCAAUCAGUGUGGUUUCGACAAAAAUGAUAUUCCAUUGAUCUGUUGCGCCACAGAAGAAAUGCUCAAAGGUCCCGAAACGGAAGCUCUAUUCAGAGACAUUGUUCAAGAAAUUGAAGAUUGCGAAAUGCUGUAUGAUGAAUUUAGGCGCACUCCGGAAGAGCACCAACUUCAUUCCCAGGUAGCCAUUAUAGAUAGCCAUGAUUCAAUCAAUUGCACGGCGACUCUAAUCACAGCGCGCUAUCUUCUCACUUCGGCCCAAUGCGUUCUUUCUCUUGAUAUGAAAACUGCAACCGUGUGGCUUGGGCUUAGCAACGAUAUCGACAAUGUGGCCCAGAAGAACGUAAUCCACUCAGCUUUUCCCCAUCCAAAAUUCAACGCAAAAACCAAUCACUACAACGUGGCCGUAAUCAAACUGAAAUAUCCGGUUCUAAUCCAAUCAUCAAGCGUUCCAGCUUGUCUGUGGCGCGAGAAGGCGAAGAUGCCAACUGACCUGAGUGCCGUGAAAUUUCACGAAGAAGUCCCUUCAAUGGUUUCAGCCAGCCCGAUGUACUACAGUGACUGCCGUCGAUUGUAUAAUCCUGAUUUGAUCCCAUCGGAGAUGUGUGUCGAUCAUCAAGCUCCGCUCUAUUGUGAUCCAAAGGAACAGGAAGAUCUGUGCAGGCAGCCUGGAAGUGGACUGUUCUCUAAUCUCUACUACGGAGACGAUAUGAAGCCUGUAACGUAUGUCGUUGGAAUAUACAACAGCGGAUUUCAGUGUGACAAAGGUGGGCCAGCUCUGUAUACUCGGGUGAGCGAGUAUUACGAAUGGAUUAAGAGUGUAGUUUAUUUGGAUUCUCAGAAGGCAGAAUAAAUGGGGAUUUUAAU